AACCACUUGAACUAAGAAGAAGAAAGAUUUUCUUGGGUUUUCCUUCCUUGACUCCUAAUCCAAAGUCCAGCAUCAUCUAAACAGCCACAAGACGAGACCUCCCCCCUCACUUAAGCCCCCUGCUGAUCGCUAGCAACAGCAUGGCAGACAGUCAGCAGCCAGAAGACAGUGCACCCCAGUGGGAUCCAUCAGGGGGUCAGGAGCCCACCGGCCCUCACGGGGAAAAUGGCUACUCUUCGUCCACCUACAGGAGCUGCCAGCCUGCUGGGACUCACGUGGCUACAGCCUCAUACUCCGCCAGGGAGAACGGCUUUGACGGGGAGCUAAGCGGAGCACACGGUAUAACUGCAGAGCAAGUGUCAGCACGGAUUGUACAGGAAGUGACAGCUGAGGCAGUGGCAGUACUGAAAGGAGAACAGGAGAGCCACAGGCUACCAUCAGUUGAAGACACAACCAACUUGCCUCCCUCCCCUCCACCCUCACCUGCUGCAGAACACUUUGAUCCUCUGGGACAAGAUGUAGGGGAUGAGGAGGAGGCAGGACCUCUCCGCCGCUUCCAAAAUUCUCGGGAGAGGUGCAAGUUCCUCGCCCCCUCCAUCUCAGUUUCCGUGCCCGAGGACGACCCCUACCACUCCGACGAGGAGUACUAUGAGCACCCCUUGUUCAGCCCAGAGUGGACGCACUCGGGCGCUCGCCCCACAGGGCAGGCUGUGGCCUUUAGACAGAUUGAAGAAGAGACCAUGGAGGCUCUUACAGCUGAAUACGAGGAGGAGUUGGAAGAGGAGGAGGAGGAGGAGGAGAGUGCAGAGGCAGCAGAGUCCGAAGCAGCUCUUGAUGAGCAGCAGUGGAGCGGGGAAGAACCUGAACUGGACAGUCCCCAAGCUGAGCCCUUAGAGCAGGCAGAGGCCAUAGACGAGGCCCAGGCUCUAGUCCUGGAGCAGGCCCGGGCAGCUAGUGCUGCUAAAGAAAGCUCUAAGGAGAGCGAGGAGGAGGAAGCAGAGGGUGAGGACAGCUCUGAGAAAGCUUUGAAGAUGGACACAGACAAACAGGGCAGUGAGAAAAGUGGUUCCAUGAGCCCAGACAGCAUUGGAUCAGAGAAACGCCCAGAAGAAGCUUUUGAGCCGCAGAUCCAAGGGUUCUUCGCAGGUGAACGAGUUGUACCCGAGAGUCCAACCAUGGACAUGCCCUCCUUUGUUCCUCCAAAUCUUCAAAAUCAAGCCAAAGAGCCAGCCAGGUCGCUCACCCUCCAGCCAACAUACAAUGAGCCCAUUACUGUGUCAGAGAAGCAGCCAUCUGUGGAAGUUGUGGAGUUCAGCAGCAUUGGAGAGCCAUCUGAUUUCUCUUCAUUGGGAGUCCAGGUUCAAGGAGAAGAUUCAAAAAAAAACACAGGGGACAGAUCUGGAAUGUCAGCAUAUUUUGAAACUUCAGCUUUGGAGACUGAUGAGCCUCUACACACUAAAGCAGAAGGUUAUUAUGAACUGAGCACAGCUGGUGAAGACAAAAGUAAAAUCGAUUCAGUUUCUCCAGAAGUCAGCUACAGCACACUGGCUGAAGCCCAGGAUGAACCAGAAACUACAAAAAAUACAACAGAAAAUUCUAGAGUGUUCACAGUUCCUGACAGGAAUAAUGAAUGCAGGCUCUCCCCUGGGAAACUGGCACUAGAGCAGAGAAGUUACUCACUUAACAUCACCAUCGGAGCUGUGGAUCCAAGUGGCCAAGGACGACUUCGGAACUUCACCCCACUGGCUACAGAUAUAAUAUCACACACAAGUGGAAGUCUAGAUGAAUUAGCAGACUAUCUUCCAGUGACCACCCCCUCUGUGGAGAAAACUCCAUCUUUCCCUCCCUUGAUCCUAGAGACUGCAGCGUCUGUCACUUCAGAAUCCUCAUCCCCUCCAAAGACAUCUGACACCAUUUCAAAAACCACCUCUGAACCAGAAUCCCCAGAAUCACCUAAGGCUUCUAAGAACAAUGAUAAAAAUGGCACAGUGAUGACACAAGACUUGCCUGAAAUGUUGGACCUUGCUGGCACUCGCUCCAGACUGGCAUCAGAAAACACAGAACCAGAAUUCGCCCGGAGAAAAUCCAUUCAAUCUGAUGGUCCUGCUUUCACCGAUGACCCACUGGCUAAUUUUGUUUCAGGUGAACAGAGCCCUAUGGUUAAAAAAAGUGACAGCCAACUGGAAGAGAUGGGUUAUUGUGUGUUUAGCGAAUAUUCAGGACCCAUGCCAUCGCCUGCAGAUGUUUUCAGCCCUACAGAUGCAUCUGCGAAGGUCUUUACACCCUCAGUCCUGGAGGAGAAAGUGGCUGAGCAAGCUAGAAAAUUAGCAGUCAGGGACACAUCUAUGGAGGACAAGAGCAAGAUAUCAGGAGCUGCUGACGUAACUGAAGGAAUUGACCAGAAAGUGGUGGAGAGAAAAGAGUCCACUGAAGAAAAAGACAAAGCAGCUGCAGAUGAUCAGCAGACUAAAAUUGUAAGUGAGCAAGAGACAUCAUCAGGUCAGCAGGGUGAGUCCUUCGUGACACCAACUGUCACUGUCACUCUGGAAGAAGGUGGGAGGUCGGUGAGCGAAACAGAAGGACAAGCCAGUGGUGAUGGCUCCGCGUCAGAAACUGAGAUUGCUGACUACGAGAGGCAGAUUCGCAAACUAGAGAUGGAAGAUAGGCCCCUCAGUUUGGAAGAGGAGCGAGAACUGCAGGAGCUCAGGGAGAAGGUAAAACUGGUCCACCAGGAAGCCUAUGAGGAGGUCGACGCUGAAGAUGUGUACCAACUGACCGGCGUGGCCAAGGACCGAAUUGCAAGACCUGUCAAAACUUCACCUGCUUCAUCUGUGGAGAGCAAUAUUGAUGAUGACAAGCUGCUCUCCCCAGUGCUCUCACCAUCCAAACUUAAACAAAGGGAAGCUUACGGUUCCCCCAAAAGAUCAGUUUCCCCAAAGAAAGAGGAGAAGGAGAGAGAGGAGUUAGAAAGAAAGAUGAGGGAAGAGCAGGAGAAGGAAGCAGCAGAGAGGAAAAUUAGAGAAGAAAGAGAAAGGGAAGAGAAGGAGACAAAAGAAAGAAAGGAGAUGGAAAAGAGAGAGAAAGAAGAGGCAGAGAGAAUAUUGAGGGAGGAAAAAGAAAAGACGGAUAAAGAACAGAAAGAGCAAGAAAUGAAAGAGAAGCUGGAGAUGGAGCUAAAAGAAAAAGAGGAAAAAGAGAGAAAAGAAAGAGAAGAGAAAGAAAUGUUAGAGAAUGAAAGACAAGCGAUAGAAGAGAAAGAAUUGCAAGAAAAGAAGGAAAAGGAAAAGAUGGAGCAUGAACUGAAAAUGAAAGAAGACCAUGAACAAAUGGCAGCGACAGGCAUAAAUACUGCAAUUCCAAGUCCAAAGGCUGCAGUAGAAGACAGUCGCACUGAUAACGAUGUGUCCGAGAUAGUGAGACAAUCACCUGAAGAAGUACCACUGUCGCCUACCGAGAAUGAAGCUCAAAAGCCCCUCCAAGUUGCUCAUGAGGAAGAGGAAGGUGAAGAAGGUGGAGUUGUGUUGGACACAGCUGGGGCUGCAGCCGUAAAGGAAAUCCCAGAGGCUCGUGCCACCAUCGAGUCAGUGGUGACGGUUGAAGACGAUUUUAUCACUGUGGUCCAAACUAUCGAUGAAGGAGAGGAGCCAGUACACAGUGUUCGUUUCUCUGCCCCGCUUGAGACUGAAGCCCUUCAUAUUACCAUCCGGAAUGAGGAAGAGGAGGAGGAGUCUGUGGAGUUAGCACAGGAAGCUGACAUGGAGCCUGCCAGUCUGGAAGAGGUGUGUGAAGUUCCUGAUUCUCCUGAUGUUCCUGAGACACCUGCUUCCCCAGAGAAGGUUGCUCAUAUGUUAGAAACAGAGGGUCCAUCAGAAAGCUACGAUAGAGAUGAAACCACAAUAGACGAUUCCAUCCUGGACAGCUCCUGGGUCGACACCCAAGAUGAUGAUAAGAGCAUGGCUACGGAGGCGAUAGAGAUUUUGCCCAAGGUGAUCAGCCCAAUAAAAAACCCUGCAGUGGUCCACAGCAAACAGACACAGCCGAGAAAGCCAGAGAAACAGGAAAAGCAAGUUAAACCCAAAGUCAAGGCUGGAAGGGUAAAAGGCCAUAUCUCUACACCAGAACGCAAACCUGCUCGUAAAGAACCAGUCUACAUCCCCAGAGAGGAAGUCAAGAAGAAAAAAGCUGUGAUAAGGAAGACUGAGUUUACCAAAAGAACCGAGGCUCAGAUUCACUCACCGUCCAAGAGGAGUAUGGUGAAACCAGCCGUCCGUCAGACCCGCCCUACCCAGCACCACUCCUGUCCCAGAAGGAGACCCACAGAUUCAUUACCAGACAGUCGUCAGCCUCUCAGUGUUGCCAGACUGUCUCGGGACCGAGCAUCGGACUGUAGAUCACAAAGCCCUGACAAGAGAUCUUUGCCACAGCCUGCCUCCAUCCUGAGUCGUCGUGGCGACCACGAGGAAAGUUCCACUUCCAUCACCAGCUCCGGCUCCACGGCUCCCCGCAGACCCACAUCGUUUCACACUCAGAUGAGGGCAGAGCACAGGACAGGACGAGCCCCUGGUAUGACAGUUACAGAGUCAGUGCGCUCCCGUUCAGCUCGUAGUGGCCACUCCACCCCUCGCACCCCUGGUUCCUCAGCCAUCACCCCAAGUUCUCCACCAAGCUACUCAUCUUCAUCAAGGACUCCCGGGACUCCUUCUCCACCAAGCUACUCAUCUUCAUCAAGGACUCCCGGGACUCCACGCUCCCUCAGCUUGAUUUCCCAGGAGAGGAAGGUGGCCGUUGUCUGUACGCCACCCAAAUCACCUGCCACCACUCCCAAGCAGCUCCGCAUUAUUAACCAGCCACUGCCUGACUUUAAGAACAUCAAGUCCAAAAUUGGCUCCACUGAGAACAUCAAGUACCAGCCCAAAGGUGGACAGGUUCUCAUCCCCAAUGUUAAGGUGGAUUAUACCCAUGUUCAGUCUAGGUGUGGGUCCUUGGACAGGAGGGGCUACUCAGCAGGAGGUGGAAACGUGCAGAUACAAAACAAGAAGAUUGACUUGAGCCACGUGACCUCCAAGUGUGGCUCACUAGACAACAUCCAUCAUCGGCCAGGAGGAGGUAAUAUUCGCAUUGAGAGUGUGAAGUUGGACUUCAAAGACAAAGCCCAAGCCAAGGUGGGUUCCCUGGAUAAUGCUCACCACAUUCCUGGUGGAGGCCACAUCACGAUUGAGAGCCACAGGCUGACGUUCCGGGACCAAGCUAAGGCACGAGUGGACCAUGGUGCUGAGAUUGUCGUCCAGUCACCAGGUCUGUCAGGCUCGUUAUCUCCGCAAUUCCACCGGGAGAGCCACCUGUCCUCCUCGGGCAGCCUCAACAUAUUGGAGUCGCCGCAGUUAGCCACGCUGGCUGAAGACGUCACUGCUGCUCUGGCCCAGCAGGGUUUGUGAACAGUGAAUCUCUGGUUUGCUGUCACCUGGUCCUUAUACUCCCUAAAAAAAAAAAAAUACCUACUCGGCCAAACCAUUAUCACUACUCUUCUGCUUAACCACAGUCUCAAAACAUCUUCAUUCCAAGAUCCACCACUGAAACACCAACACUAGCUAGAGACUCAAACGAGGAGCUGCUGUACUUGAGUCCUCUUUUUUGCCUAUUCUGAACCCACAAAUGUGCUCUUUCCAGUUCCUAAUGUAAUGGCCUC